CGCCUGUCGCCCACAACAGCCCGCAUCAUCAUCACCAUCAUCAUCAUCAGCAGCAGCAGCAGCAGCAGCAUCAGUGUGAUGAAGCAGCGGAGGACAGAGACCUUCCUGCUGUGAGACUCUGGACCUGAAACACACACCGACAGGUAGGAUGACCGAGGUGAUGAACUCUCUGGAGCCCAGUACGGAGGACUUCAGCGGGGGCGGAGCCGGAGCAGAUCAGGGCGCAAUCUUCACAGAGACCCACGAGAGGUUUCCAAAGCUUUCCAAGAGGCUUCCCUCCAUCGUGGUGGAGCCGAUGGACGCAGCUGAGGUGGAAAGUGGUGAGCUCCGCUGGCCGCCAAAGGAGCCCAGCUCUCCAGACGCCAAAACUGAGAGGCAGCAUGCAGUUGAACAACCUGCAGAUGUGGACCAGUCAGAUGUCAGCGUGGACGAACAGGUGUCAGCAGCAGAGAUGGAGGACUCCAACUGAAGGAGCUGUCAUCCUGAGUCGUCCUCUGUCCCUGUGAGUGUGUCCACACGGGGAUGAAUGACAGUAAAGUCCAGUAGAAGACAGGUAGAAAAACAGAUUUCCAAACCCCAGCUCAGCGGCUUGGAGCCAGAGUCAUGUUACUGUUUUAACGCUUCCACGCUGAUGUCGGAGGUUAUUCUCACGUCACGUAUGACAUCAUCACAUAUCAGGCAGAUGAUUGAAGUUAUUUUGUUUUUACGAGACGCUGCCUGAACAUGAUCAAACAGUUUCUAACCUUCAGGCAGCACUCAUGUUUUUGAAGUCAGAGUAUCUGAGGGUUCGUUCUCGUCUCUGUUUGUGAUUUUAAUAAAUUAUUUUGUCUCUCUGGCUCCAAGCCCUCGCCGUUCAGAUGCCUGGGACGUCAUCGUCAUGUGAUCUGGACGGACGUUUCUAAAUGCUGUCUUAAGUAUUUAGCUCCUGUGUGCCAUAUUACUACAACUACUGAUGGUAGCUGCUGUUUUCUGUGCACAGUUUUUACAUGAACUUUAGGUGUAAAUGAUGACUGUAUGUUGACCGCUGUAGUUUUGGUGACGCACUUUGUAAUAAUAGCUACGAUGUAUUUUAUGAUGAUGAUGAGGACAACCUUCAUCACUUUAUUCGAUGUUCUUUAAUAGAUUAUAAGAUGUUGUUGAUGGUGUUCUGUUUCACUUAUUGGAGCAAUAUGUUGACAGGAAGUUAAUGGUCGUCCAUUUUGUUACUGAAGAAAAAGGAAAUAAUAAUAUUAAUAAUAAUGAGCGGAAUAUUUUAGACGUGUGUCGCUUGUCACAGACGUGAUAUUUUUUAAAAUACUGGAAGCCUAAAUUAUUG